UGCCAACAACUUCUUAUUCUGAGUGAGUGUGAGAGUGUACCCAUUUCUCUCUUCUCUCUCUCUCUCACAACAACAACUACAACCAGAAAAUCAAGAAGAAAAUUAGCGCGGAUUAAACGAGUGACGCCAUUUUGCAAUGUCUACUUCUGAAAAAUCCACAACAACAGGACAAUCAAACAGAAAAUCAGGGCUCAAACCGCAGUUUAAAAGAACGAAAAUGGACGCCGGAGAUUUGUGCAAAAAUAAGGAGUCUGGAAUUUUUCCUGAGCAUGGUGCCAUCUUCAUGUCCAAUAGAAGUACUUUGAAAGAAUGCUUUGAGAGGAGUUUGUUUGGGCUACCGGGUAGUUUUUCUGAUUUUGUUAAAAACGUCAAGGCAGGAAUGAUUUUGUUCCUUUUCGAAUUUGAAGAGAGGAAACUUCAUGGGGUUUUUGAAGCAAUAACAGAUGGUGGCAUGAAUAUUUCUCCUCAUGCAUAUGUUUCAUCUGGACAGCAGUUCCCUGCACAGGUUAAAUUCACCAGAAUCUUGCGCUGCGACCCUCUUUUCGAAAAUGAGUUUUGUGAUGCUAUUCGAGAUAAUUACUUUACCAAGUACAAAUUCAACUUUGGUUUGUCUGAAGAUCAGGUUCAAAGUCUGAUGUGGCUAUUCAAUUCAAGAAAACGUGAAGUUCCGCGCUCUCUUCAUCAGAAGAAAAGGAAAACAAGAAAGUGGGAUUUUCAGAUUAUUGAAGAUGUGCUAAAGAAAGGGAGGGUUACUAACCCUCUGAAAAGGAAGCUCAACGUGAACCAUGGAACUCCAGUAACUGCUGAGCAAGAGGUGGAAAAGCUUUUUCUGUCUCCCGAGUCUUUCGGAAAGGGUGAAAGCAUGCAUUUGGAUGUUGAUGCUUAUGAUCCUGAAAACCCCGGCUUCAAUCAAUCAGUGACAUCUGGGGCUAACUCUGCUGCUAGCUAUGAAUCGCAUGAGCUUCCUACAUUGCUAAAGAAGAAAGAAAACUUACAUAUUUUUGAGGAUGAUAAUGAAGAUUUUAUACCCUUGUGUUCAACUGACCAUUCUGACCUUGAAGACGGGGAGCUUGGUAAUUCUAGCGAGGGUUCAGAUGAGGAACAAAUAGAGUUAGAUAUGCUUAUUGGAAUUGAUGAUUCUUCUAUCCCUGUUCCACGGUUUCUGCUGAGUGAUAAAGAAUCUGACAAGUUAGGUGACUCUUCCUCUGCUGCAGUAAGUGACUUCCAGUCCAAAGAUGAAAGUGAUAAUUUGAAUUCCCUUCCUUCAAAGGGUAUGUAUUGUGAUGAACCCAAAGAAAAAACCAGCGUGUUUUCUCGCUUAAAUUUUUCUUCGAAGGGUGUUGCUUCGAAGAAUCAGAAUGAUGCCAAUGGAAAGGACUUGGUGAAUAACAUGUCAAGAGAAAAUAAGCAAUAUCAAUAUGAAAGCAUUAAAGAUGUCAGACAACAGAGCAAAAACGGUGCAAUGUAUAAAAGAGCUAGUGUGUUUCUGCGCUUGGCCGGUGCUUCAGAUGCUGUUUCUCCACAAGUCCCCUCUAGGACAGGACUAUAUGAAAGAACUGGCGGCUGGAAGAAGGUUUGGUAGAAAAGUAAAGUUUCAGAAUGUUGGCUUCAGUAUAUAAACAAGUGGCAGUUUUUCUAAAUUUGAGUUACUUUUUAGUUAAGAUUAGAAAUGAAUUUAGCUGGGUUAGGUUCUGUUAGGAACCUAUCAAUAGAAUAUAUUUUUACGUUGCUAUAACAGAUUUGAGUUCAACUCACGCUAUUAACGCACUCCAAAUUUUCAUGCCA